GUGGUGGUCUUUGGGGAUCGCAGGGGGGAGCUGCGAGAAGUGGCGUCCGCUAUCUCUUCUUCCACGGCAUUUCAGCGGAGGAGAGUGAGCUCAGGAAGCGACUCUAGGCGAACAGCUCCGGGAGCGGCGAUUUUUUUUUUUUUGUGUGUGUGUGGGAGGGGGGGAGCUAUCUGCUGCCAUAGCAAGAACCACUCAUCUGUUGCCGGGCACGUGGAGACGAGAGCAAGGUGAGGCGAAAGGCGAAGACGAAACGCAUCAGGCACAGGCUUUUCCAGUCCGUGUCUACGAUGGCGGCGAUGGUGGUCCUGCUGAUGCUGGGGCUUCUCCAGCUUGCCCUUCCUGGACUUGCUCAAAGUCCGCCACCUGGUGCGGUAAAGAUCGAGAAAUUCGGCUAUGCUGGCACUGGCUGUCCGCCUGGAAGUGCCGAUGGCAUUAUCUCGUCGACCGGAAAGGAGCUCACUGUACUUUUCAGCGCAUACACCGUGUCGACCCCAGGAAGUCUCGCCGACCGGCGGAAAAACUGCCAAGUGGCCGUCAGCCUUAGCUUUCCUGCUGGGUUCACGUUUACUCUGGUGACUGUGACGUUCCGAGGGUACGCCGAGUUCCAGGAAGGCGUACAGGGUACACUGGUAGCGUCGUACUACUUGGCAGGUACUGAACAGACCGAAAGCGUUGUAAAGAACCUGCCUCCUCCCGUGCGAGACAACUUUACUAUUACCGAUAGUUUCCCAGCAUUCAUCUAUCCACAGUGCAACAGUACGUCGGUGCUGCUCAAUAUCAAUUCCGAGGCAAGAGUGGUGCCUCCMCCCCCGCCGCUGAAUAACAACGAGGGCGUGAUCAACGUCGAUGCUCAGGAUCUGGCGCUCGUCCAGCAAUUUGGUCUGAGCUGGAAGAUUUGUUAAGGGCAUAUACUCGUACCGCAGCUUUUCGGGAGCAUCUGGGGGCAAGUGCAGCCAGAUCCAGUUCAGAAAGUCGUACCGUGAGCAUGCCCUAAGCUGAUUUUAUUCAGGCGUCAACAACCGGGCAUCAGUGAGCUACUCGGAGAGAAGCAGAAUGACCAACAGCGAGGAGAUCAACUUGGAGAAUAGUGGAUUAAUCUAUCGGUCCACAGCGGCAUUGUCAGGGGGCCGCGGUCAGCUAAGGAACGGCGACAUCACUGACACAGGCGAUCGGAYGUGUGUCCAAUAGCUCAAUAGGACGCCUAGUCAGUUGUGGAGCUGGUCAGUCAAGGACCAUUAUAAUUUUAUAUAGUACGUAUUUAAUGUCUGGCAGGCGAGCGGUUUUGCACGUCCUGUAUGGUGUUACGAGUUUUUUUCAUAAGAAUUGACGAGUCAGUUGUGGAGCUGGUCAGUUAUAUGAUGUCAGAGUUUUUUUCAUAAGAAUGGACGAACUGGAUUAGACUUUAAUUAUCUCACUCGGGUGCAGUUACUUCAUCAUCGAGUCCAUGUAUGUACGGAUUUCUUAAUCACGUCGAGCUCUUUGAGU